AUGUCUACUGCUUUCCAAACGACGCCAAACCAGUCCAUAUCAGUAUCCGCUACCACGUCGCCGUCCAAUCGCCAAUAUUCGUCGUUCCACCCCGGCCCGACAACGCGAGAAGGCCCCGGCUCCGGCUACUAUGCAAACCAGCACAACGCCGGACAAUCAUCGCCGCACACAUCAUCGCAACAACACUCCCGAAGACCUAGCGCCUACGACCAACCGACCGGCUUCGAGCCUCACAUGAGCGCCCGCACCGCCUUUGCCCAGUCCAUCCCGGCUCCCGUGACCUCCAUUGCUUCGGACCAACCACCGUCGUCUUCGGACAGAAGGCGAAAUAAUAUGCCUACCGCCGUACCUCCUCGAACAUCGUCUCGCCAUGACCCAAACACCAGCUCUCGACGCGCCCAACAGGCGGCCGACCGGGCCGCUGCAUCUCGACAAUCUAAUACGAAUGGCACCAUGGACCCAGCCGUCGUAGACGAGGCUGCCGCUCGGAGCCGUCGACAACAUCAAAUGACACAGGAUGCGCAUCAAAGAACGACCAGUUCGCGAGGGAAUCCCACGCCAACAUCACUACCCGUCCGCUCUCAGCCCAAUGCCACCAGCUCGAGACAGCAGUCGUCCAGAGAAGCGAGCGAGAUCCUCAACAACAUACUAAUACAACAACCCGAAAUAGAUGUAGAGCGGGAGCGGGAGCGAUUGGCUCAAGCACAAGCACAAGCUCAUGCGCAAGCACAAGCGCAGGCACAAGCGCAGGCACAGGCACAGGCACAGCAGGCGAGUAACUACAACCACCACCACCGUCAAGAGACCGCGUCGCAGGCUGUGGCGGCUCCUGGAGGCGACCACGGAGAGGAAAGUCGGCGUGGUCAUAGAAGCCGACACGAUCAUUCCAAGCGAGAAAAGCACACCAAAUUUGGCGACUAUAUUCUCGGCAAUACGAUUGGAGAGGGUGAAUUCGGCAAGGUCAAGCUUGGGUGGAAGCAGGAAGGCGGCGUCCAGGUCGCCAUCAAACUCAUCAAAAAGGACACAGUAGGCAACAACCCAUCUCGCAUGGCAAAGAUUAUGCGGGAGGUUGCGAUUCUGAAGCAACUGACCCAUCCAAACAUUGUUCGGUUACAUAAGAUGGAGGAGUCUGACAGGCAUUAUGGUAUUGUGCUCGAGUAUGCAUCGGGAGGCGAGCUGUUUGACUACAUCCUCAAUCACCGGUAUUUGAAGGACAAUGCCGCCCGGCGAUUAUUUGCCCAGCUCGUGUCUGGCGUAGGGUAUCUGCAUAAGAAGGGUAUCGUGCAUCGUGAUCUGAAGCUGGAGAAUUUGCUUCUAGAUCGAAACCGCAACAUCAUCAUCACAGAUUUUGGGUUUGCCAAUACCUUCGAUCCCAAUCAGGAGCUUUCCGAGGAGGAAGAGCUCAACCUUUCGGAUCGCGAGUUUGUCAAGCGCAUGGGCCUCGAUAAGGUCAAUGACGCUGGCUGGCGAAAAGGAGAUCUUAUGCAGACUAGCUGUGGCAGUCCAUGCUACGCAGCUCCAGAAUUGGUAGUUAGUGACUCCCUCUACACCGGAAGGAAAGUAGACGUCUGGAGCUGCGGCGUCAUCCUGUACGCCAUGCUUGCUGGCUAUCUCCCUUUCGACGACGAUCCGGCGAAUCCCGAAGGCGAUAACAUCAACUUGUUAUACAAGUACAUCGUCAACACGCCUCUCACGUUUCCCGAAUAUGUCACGCCACAUGCUAGGGAUUUAUUGCGGAGGAUAUUGGUACCUAAUCCGCGAAAGCGAGCGGAUCUCUUUGAGGUAGCCCGUCACAGCUGGUUGAGCGAAUAUUCGCACGUUGUCGAGUUCAUCACGUCCUCCACUACCACACCUAGCGAGAUCCAAAACACGACAGUACCUGCCGAGGACGAGGGAGAGCCUCCUCACCUUGCUCGUAGCGCUUCGGUACGCGAGGCGCCGAAGAAGUCAACCGCCUCGCCGGCCAUCGGUGGCUUGGUUAGCAAGCAAGGCACUGUGGACCCCGAGGCAGAGGCUGCUUACGCUAAACAGCAGCGCGAUAACAAGCGUCGGACAGUACAGGUCGAAUAUGUUGCUCCGAAUACCACAACUCAAAGAGGUGAUAUUGCGGGACAACAGCAGCCCUCCAGUAACGCCAACAGAAACCGUAACGAGAGUCAGGCACCAGUGGAAUCCUCAGACAGUCGCCCAACCACAUCGGCCAAGGAUAAGCAGCUCUCCCAGGGCCCCUCCGCCCCCAAAGACGCCUACAACAACAAACCCCCGGUUUCCUUGAGAAGACCGCCAAGUUCUCAGCAGAAUGGUGGAAAUGCUCCCACUACGGGUAACGCAGUGGCUCCUCCUAGGCCGAGCCGUGACGGCCGUCCCACCGCCGACAACCAGUAUCUGUCAGGGGCAGCAGGUGCACCAACCCAAAGGCCUACUACUGGCGGGUCCAUGCAGUCAGGAAGACCUUCGUACGCCCAACCAGCACCACCUGAAGUCGCUGACGCUAACGUACACGGCAGAAUCCAGCAGCCUUCCAAAGGAUCCGGCAGCAGUCACUUUGGCGUACCUACAACCACCCCCGCCGAGCAGCAACCGAGCGAAAGCGCCGAAUAUGGCAGGCCCAGCAUCAGCACGGGCUCUAGGUUUGACAAGGUACGGGAAGAUGGCGCUGUCAAGGGCCACAAAAGGUCCAGCACUAUGGGCGAAAUCGGCGGCAAGCUCUUUGGCCGGAGCGGCUCGUUGUUUGGAGGUAGGAAAUCCAAGCGACAGCAGGAGCUUCAACAGGCUGGAGAGAAGACCAAGAGGUAUCCCCCUGUUAGCAUGAACAACUCUAUGCCAGGCGGUGAGAAUGGCUCUCGGCCGUCCUUGGAUUCUAAGCGAUCUCGCCGGUCCUUCUCGAUGGGAAUGGGGAAGAAGUCUUCUGGAGGCAGUAUCACUGGUUCCAAUGGCUCUCAGGAGAAGUCUAAUAAGCGGUUCUCUUUCAUCCCCCCUUCGCUAUCAAGGGCCUUCGGCUACAACAAAGAGGAUGAGCCUCCAGCUCUCGAUUCACAACAGGACCUGCCCAUCCAGGAGCCCUCAUCCGUUGACCAAUUUCUGGGCCGGGAACAAAAUGUGAGCGCGACCACUGUUGACGGGAUGUACACUCAGCUUCAGGACUCGCAACAGGGCUCACCAGCGGUCAACACUCAAUACCAAUACGGACGACCAUCCGCUAGCCAAGGCUUCAUGCCCGGGACCAUGCCUAACGCUGGAUCGGACCCGUCUGUCAACAGCAUGCCUCAGGCACCUGGGUCGACUCCUCAACUGCAGGCCAUGAUACAGCAGGACGGAUUAUACGAUGCCCGCAAGGGUAACAACCGGGCGAAUCGAGGUGUUCUGCAAAAGAACAAACGUUUUGUGGACUAUGAAGGAGAUGGCUUUGCGCGACCUCACGAUCACUCCGGCAGCAGCGGUCCUGCAAGAAAGGUUAUGGACUUCUUCAGGAGACGCGGCAAGGCUCGGGGUGGUGAAAAUAACUGA